UUCCGGCAGGCCGGCGCGGCUCCGGGGCGGCCGGCGCGAUGUCGGGCGGCCUCCUGAAGGCGCUGCGCAGCGACUCGUACGUGGAGCUGAGCCAGUACCGGGACCAGCACUUCCGGGGCGACAAUGAAGAGCAGGAAAAACUGCUGAAGAAAAGCUGUACACUGUAUGUUGGAAACCUUUCCUUCUAUACAACUGAAGAACAAAUCUAUGAACUCUUCAGCAAAAGUGGCGACAUAAAGAAAAUCAUCAUGGGCCUGGAUAAAAUGAAGAAAACUGCAUGUGGCUUCUGCUUUGUGGAAUGUUGCUUCCUCUCUUUACAAAAAUACUAUUUGAGAGCAGAUGCAGAAAAUGCCAUGCGGUACAUCAAUGGAACUCGUCUGGACGACCGGAUCAUCCGCACGGACUGGGACGCCGGCUUUAAGGAGGGCAGGCAGUAUGGCCGUGGGCGUUCUGGAGGCCAGGUACGAGACGAGUACCGCCAGGACUACGAUGCUGGGAGAGGCGGCUAUGGGAAACUGGCCCAGAACCAGUGAGUGGUGAGAGCCCCGCCACGAAGAGCUCCUCCUGUGGCCUGCUGAAUCUCACGUGCGUUACCCACGGCCUGCAGACCAGCCCGUUUUUACCAGGCUUUAGUCAGUGUCCCUACGGAGCCGGAAGCCUCUUCAUGGUUUUCCUCUUAACAAUUAUUAAAGGACAGAAUCCAAAAGAAUGCCUUUAAUUCUGUAGUGUCUUGGUCGUGUGUCAGAUUACCAGAAUGAUUUCUGUUACCAGGUCAAAAAUUGUGUUCCUUAGCAAGAGACUUGAUGUAUAAUGUUGAUCUAUCAGCCAGAAACACACCUCUUUUAAGUGUUUACCAUGUGUGAAUCUAAGUAGGUUCAUGGUCUACGUUGGGGCCUGGAAUUACUAUUUUUAAAAUUUUAAGUUUGCAUGAGAUAAAGUUUAAUAAGUGGAGUUUUGCUAUGUAAUGUAGCUUUGUUUUCAGUUAGGAGUAGAUGUUUGAUAACUGGAUUUUUUUCUGUGUUGAAAUUUUUAAUCUCUGACAACAAGCUUAAAAGUCAAGGGAACUUCCUAAAUGGUGCAAAAGUAAGCCUUAGAUAGUCCCAGGGGACACCACCUGCUUACAUGCUUUAUAUGUCAGGAAAUUAGGUCAGGACUUGAAGGGUAUUUACUAAACACAUUUUUAAAAUGUGUUUUUGCUAAUGCUAAAAAAACCCCAACAGUCUACAGGGAACCUUAGCUACUCUAAGGGCAGGGGGGAACGCUGUCAGUAGGAAAUGGGGAGGAGAUAUCAGGUGUUGAGUUAAAACAUUGCCUUGGCAUGAGGACGGUUGCUGUGAGAGCCAUCAGAUCUUUUUUUUUUUUUUUUUUUUUUUUUCUUUUUCAUUUUCAGACUUGAUCUUGAGAGUGGAGUGGGGAGUUUCUGUUGUUAUUUUUUUUAAAAAAAGAAAAGCUUGAAGAUCAAGAGACUGCUUAACAAAAACAAAAUCAGAAGUGCUUCCCUCAGGAAAUGUUUUGGCCAGUUCUCAUUCUGGAGGUCUGUCUUGUUUUUUCCCUAAUUGUGCUAAGUUUCAAAGCCUGGAUAGUGACCUCAUUGUCUCUACAGAGAAGCAAGUCUAGAGGAUUUAUUUUGCAUUUGAAGGCAAGAGAGAAUUUCUCUAAUAUUAUGGGAACUAUUGCUCGUUUUAAACUGCUAGUCUAGUAUGAUUUUCCCUGACAUAAAUGAAAUUUUUUCAUCUAGCAACAGAGUAUCUCCUAAUUUCCAAUAGUUUGUGAAGCUGGGGCUGAAGUAUAUCAGUGCGAACAUCUUUCAUGUUACAGUCAAGUGUAUGUUUUCUCAAAUUUAAACUGGCGAUUUGAACUAAAUUAGUUGUAAGUAUUUAGGAAAACAUUUGCAAAUAUUUAAUGACAUACAAUUCAUUAUUAAAAUCUUUUUACACUGUAGUUUGAAUUAAUGUAUUUUAUAUUUUGCAGUAAAACGUAACUCACAUUUCUGUCUGUGCCUUAAAACCAGACAGUGGUUCCUAUUUGAAUUGUCUUAUGUAACAAAUUUCAAUAAAAGUGGACCAACU